UCUCAUCAGACUUUGUGAGUUAUCCCAUACAUCUACAUGUGGUAAUGUCAGAGCAAAUGUAGUGGGAAUGCUGGGAAGUAUUGGUAAUUUGUUGUCACAGCAACCAGACACUGAAGUUCUACUUACUGUGAUUGGUAACCAUUUAUUGGAUGUAGCAUCUAAAGACGCAGUGUUAUGGGUCAUUGCCGAGGCAUUAGAUGCAGUAUUUGAUACAUUUGGUGAUGGCAAAUCAGCUGACACUGUAGCUGUGCAGAUUAGUUUGGUAAACAAAUUAAAACAAAUGGUUCCAUCAUUGAAGACAAAGAUAAGACAGAGUAAACCACUUCUCGGGGAUCGUCUUCCAACCAUUUUGAAUGCCAGGACUAAUCUCAUGAGAUUCAUUAAAUAUAAAGAAUCCCAAGCACUUGUUGAGGCAGCUGACGUUGUCAUGGCGGUUUGAUGAUUACCGUAGAUUUUAUUUUUAAUGCCACAAUUGUUCUCUGAACAAUCUAUUUCUUCC